AUGCACAAGCUAGACGAAAAUGCACUGUCCCGGAUGUUGUCCACGUAUCGGGACCCUACGGCGACCAAGAAAGACGUCACAAAUGCCUUACGCAUUUACCACGGGCUUCAGCACCGAAUGGAAGAGUACGUGUUCAACGAUGGCAGUACGAAAAUGUUACUCAACCUUCAUGGUACUAUACCGGUGAAGUAUAAGGGCAACACGUACAACAUUCCCAUCUGUAUCUGGCUUAUGGAUACACACCCGAAGAAUGCUCCGAUUUGCUACGUCAAACCAACGUCUGAAAUGCGCAUCAAGGUGUCGGCGUAUGUUGAUUUCAAUGGGAAGAUCUAUUUGCCCUAUCUGCACGAUUGGAACCCGAAAAAUGCCGAUCUACUGGAUCUUAUUCAAAUCAUGAGCGUCACAUUUGGCGAAGUGCCUCCAGUGUAUUCCAAAGGACCAGAAGCAUCGUAUCAGCAGCAGCCAUCUUAUAUGCCACCGACACCGGCCACCAGUACCUCUUACAUACCUCCAUACCCAACACAACAAUUCGCUCCGUAUCCAGUGGCGGGCCCAGGGUACAAUAGCUACGGACAGCCCGCGCCCGGUGCUGCCGGUCCCGGUUAUGGAUUGCCUUACGGGAUGCCCUCCUAUCCGCCAGCACCAGGAACAAUAUCUGGAUCUACACCGGCCGUGAACCAAGGUACUGGAACGAUCACAGAAGAACACAUCCGGGCAUCGCUAAUAAGUGCCGUAGAAGAUAAGCUGAAACGACGGGUACAGGAAAAGGUAAACCAGUGUCAGGCUGAGGUGCAGACACUUAAGCGAACGCAGCAAGAGCUAAACGAGGGUCAAGUCAAGAUUAAGGACAUUCUCGCGCGGCUCGAUCGCGACGAGAAGGAACUGACGAAGAGCAUCACCGUGCUAAAGGAUAAGGAAAAGGAGCUGGAACGUGCUCUGGAGUCGUUGGAUAAUGUCGAAUCUAUUGAUGUCGACGAAGCAGUCACCACAACUGCCCCACUUUACAAACAAUUAUUGAAUGCCUAUGCCGAAGAAGCCGCCAUAGAAGACGCAACUUACUUCAUGGGUGAAGCCCUCCGUAGCGGCGUGAUUGAUCUGGAAGUGUUCCUGAAGCAGAUUCGACAGUUAUCGCGAAAACAGUUCAUGCUACGUGCCCUUAUGCAAAAGUGUCGGCAAAAGGCGGGCUUUAGCGUUUAA